AUGUCCAGAGUGGUUAGUGCAUCUGAUUACAGUAAUUUAUGCCCUCAGUCACAUGGAAUUGUGUUUAAAUCAAGACAGUCAUCUACACCCUCAAGCAGAUCAUCAACACGUAGCAGCAUAGAAAGCUCUGACAAAUCAUUUUCAAGUAAGCACAUGCAUUAAACUUCAUCUGUCAGUCCUGUCCCCGAUCCCACAUUGUCUUCAGUUGAUAUCAAGCAGAUUUUGCUUCAGAAGAUGAUUACAAAAGAAGAUGAACUUAAAAAAGCAUUUCAGACCGUGGACAUUGAUCAGACCCUGAAAGUCACUAAAGGCGAAUUUAGAAGAGUGAUUGAAACAUUCCUUUUACCCCUGACACAAGAACAAUUUGAUUCUUUGCUGGCUAAGAUUCCAGGCAGUACAAAAGUUGCUGUUCCCUAUCUUGAAUUUUUGUCAAAGUUCUCUAGACCAGUUGAUGAUCUGACCAUGAAGUGGAGUAAUAUCAGAGAUAACCGGACAAGGACUUUGACACAGCUGGAAUGUCUCUUAAGGGAGAAGAUUUCCAAAAAGAUGAAACAUUUCAUCAAGACUUGUAGACUUUUUGAUUACAAUCGAAAUGGACAGAUUCAGCAGCAUGAGCUGAGAAGAAUUCUAGAGGUCAACUGCUUCAGGAUGACGGAUUGUGAGUAUGAUAAGCUGUGGAAUCGAUAUUGUAUUUGUAGAACCAAUACACUGAAUUAUAAAGAGUUUUUGCAAUAUCUUGGUCUGCACUUGGACAAAAAAAAGAAAAGAACUACAGAAAGUCAAGAAUCAGUGGAGAACCAAAAUGAGCCACUAGAAAAGAAAAGUGAAUCAAAACUACCCUCACCUACUACUGCUGGAUAUAAUUUAACAAAAAUCCAUCUAGAUACCACUGCAAAGAAUUUUAGGGAAAAGCUGCGUUCAGCCUAUGAAGAUGUUGUAAAAGCCUUCAGAGCAUUUGAUGUUGGUCGGAGCGGAUUUGUUUCUCUGGAGUAUUUAAAAUCAGUCAUUAAUACCUUUGUAUUUCCAAUGAAAAGCGAUGUCUUUCAAGAGCUAAUGAAUAUAUUUGGAAUAAAACUUUCAAAAAAUAUGGCUUGGAAGAAAUUUUUAGAUAAGUUUCAAGACCCCUUGUUGUUUGAUAUGAGCCAUGCAUCUCCUACAAGAAAGUACCCCAGAAGCAGAAAAUUGGAUGAAGCUUUGUCAAGUGACCGAAUUCUCCUAAAGCUACAUGGACAUAUCCAAGAUGCUUAUUCCUCCCUGAAGAAGGCCUUCCUUACACUUGACAGAAAUCAAGAUGGAAAAAUUACAAAUAAUGAACUCCGGCGCAUUUUAGACUGCAUCAUGUUCCGAAUAAGUGAUGAUGAUUUUCAAGAAUUAAUCAAGAUAAUUGAUCCAGAACGUACUGGGCAUCUCAGCUACAAUAAAUUUUUAAACCUGUUUGAAGACAAGGAUUCAGUACCAGAUUCCAAAUCGAUGAAUGGUAAAAAGAAGGCUAAAAAGCCAACUUCUGUCCUUGAAGCUUGGAUUAUUGCAGAAGAUGUCCUAACCGAGCAAAUCAAAGGAUACUGGAAUGAAUUUAACAAAGCUUUGCAGGCAUUUGAUCCUCGAAAUAAUGGUAUUAUUAGCAGAAAUAAUUUCCGAAAAGUUCUUCAGCUCUAUUGUCCCUCAUUAACUGAUGACCAUUUUAUUGCACUAUACCAGAAAUACCAAGAUGAUACUACAGAAGGGGUUUUAUACAAAAUGCUCUUGCAUAGUUUAGGAGUUGCUGAUAUACCAAAAGAAUUAACUGCCUUCAGCAGCACUCUUCCAUCCCAAGGAAAUCAACAGAGAGAAGAUAAAAAGCAGAUAGACAUUUCAGAGAGAAUGAAACAGAUUGAAGAUCAUGCCUACAAAUACACCAAGAAUAGAACUGUUGAUGAAGUAAUUGAAAGGCUGAGGGACGGAAUCUUGCAGCAGGAAGCAAGCCUUAGAGAUGCUUUCCUUGCCUGCAGUAAGCAGGCUAGUGGGAAAUUGAGCAGAUCUGAUUUCCACAAGUUGUUGGAUGAUAUUGGGAUGCCAAUGAAUGAUGACCAGUUUAAUCUACUUAUUGAGAAAAUAGGAUUCCCAGUUGGAGGGCUGAGUUAUCUUGAUUUUGUAGCAAUAUUUGAAGAUUCCAGGCUGAGUGGACGCUCUCCAAAUCACCCAGCCAAUGCGAUCAAGUGUCACUUCUUAUCUGCUGAAGAAUGUCUCAGCCAGUAUAGUGAUAAGCUUGCAGAAGAAUAUGGGGAUCCAUACAUUGCCUUUCGUAAAAUAGAUCAGAAUAAUGAUGGUAUAAUCACCAUGCUUGAUUUUCGACGCCUCCUGGAUAGUUUUAUGAUCAGCAUGGCAGACGAGGAAUAUAUACGUCUGCUCGGUAUCCUGGGAAUGAGUGAGACUUCUACAUUAAACUAUCUGGAGUUCCUUCAGUUGUUCCAAGCACAUGCAACUAAAGAGAUGCGCCCAUGGCUGACCCCAUCUUACAAACCUAAACAGAUAGUAGCGGAUGCGGACCUUGCUUGUGAACAAGCUCAUUACUAUCUUACUAUAAAAGCGCAAAGCAGAUGGAAUGACCUAGCCAUGCAUUUUCAUGAAUAUGAUAUCAAUGGAAAUGGUAUAAUUCUGAAAAAGGAUCUGAAGGACGUCCUCUAUAGAUGUGGCAUUCCCAUGAACCCAAAAGAAUUUGAAAAACUCUGGACAAGGUAUGAUAUCAAUGCAAAAGGCUACCUUACUCAUCAAGAAUUUCUGCAAAAAAUGGGUGUAGAAAAUAUGGCUCCUGACACUGGCCUCAAUGAGCGGAUUAUGGCAGAAGAUUAUGCACAUUUUAUGGAUCAUUACAAAAGAGAGAAAAAGAAGCACAUUGACAUCAAUGAGAUUAUAAUUAAGAUCAAAGAGAAGUACCAUGACUGUUCCCAGGACUUCCAUAAGGCAUUUUUGCAACACGAUAAAAAUAGGGAUGGCUGCAUAUCAUUGGGCAACCUACGGAAGAUACUGGAAGAUUUUCACUGUUGCCUUGGCUAUGAACAGUAUAGUGAACUUCUGUACAGCUUAGGAAUUAGCAUACAGGACAACAAGAUUUCAUAUUUUGAUUUUCUAAGAGCUAUUGAUGAUCGGGGAGCAUUCAAACGAUGGAAAAGGAGCAGUGUUCCACCUGUACCACCCAUUAGUUUUGUGCAACUCAGCAUAGAGGAAGCCAUGGUGAAAAUAAAACAAAUAGUUACAGCUUCAUCAGAUUUGUUAUACAAGGCCUUUUCUGCUUUUGACAAGGACCACAUAGGGGCAAUCUCAACCCUGGAUUUUCGGCAGGUACUUCAUCACUUCUGUUUUCCACUCUCAGAAAGGCAGUUCAACCAUCUCCUCAAACUGCAACGACUUCGUGGUGAGCACUCCAUAGACUGGAAAUACUUUCUGCAAAAAUUCAACUUCCUCUCAGAGACUGAAAGAGAGCAUGCUAAAUUUGCUUGUUGGGACCUCUCCAAUCAAGAGGUUUUUGCUCGAAUACAAGAAGUAGUGAAUGCUCGUUUUCAAGCUAUUGAACAAGAGUUUAAAAAUGCAGAUUGCACGAAAGCACAAGUUGUAUCAAAAGAAGUCUUCAGAGAUAUCUGCAACCGGCGUUUUUUACUUCUGACUGAUGAACAGUUUGAGAAUCUCUGGAACACAGUACCUCUUGAUCUGAGUGGGAAAUUGAAAUAUCCUGGAUUUUUGCGGAUGUUCACCUCUGAAGGAGGAGAAAUGCCAAAUAUACCUGGUGUGGGCUGCUCAAAUGGUCCCAGCAAACCUACCACACCAGCUGUGCCUGGAUCUUGUCCACCUUCACGACCCAAAACAGCAUCCAUGCCAUCAUCUACAAAGAAAGCUCCAGCAGCCAGCAGGCCCUGCACAGCAGCAGUUCACACUCCACCUAUUCUGAAUUGUAAGCCAAUUGAAAGUAAAAUCCGAAAGAGUGUUCAACACUGUUGGAAAGAUAUACUGAAGGAAUGCAGAGCAAAGGAUACUGACCGCCUGGGAGAAGUCUCAGUAGAAGAUAUGCUUGCUAUACUAGAGAAAUUUCAUUUGGAUUUGACCAAAGAAGAAAUAAAUCAACUUAUAAUGAAAUACGAUUUUAAGAGUGUUGGAAAAUUUUCAUACUGUGACUUCCUUCAGAGCUGUGUGCUGAGGUUUAAACAUCAAGAAGUGUCUCCUAUGCAAAGGGUUGUAAUCCAAAAUCCACGAGUUCAGAAUUCUCCUGGGCCACAAUCACCAACCUUUUUCAAUGCAAUGAUGAGGAUUCAGCCCCAGAUUCUGCACUGCUGGAGGCCAAUGAGAAGAACUUUUAAGCAUUAUGAUGAAAGUGGGAGUGGACUCCUAAGCGUGCAGGAUUUCAGACAGGUGCUCCGAAAGUAUGGCAUCAACCUGUCUGAAGAGGAGUUCUUUCAUAUCCUGGAAUAUUAUGACAAAACAUUAACUUCCAAAAUCUCCUACAAUGAAUUCCUCAGAGCAUUCCUGCAGUAGAAAAAGGAAGACUACAUCCAAUCUUGAAGAAUCAUUAGG